AUCAGAAGCACUUUGAUGAAACAAACAUUCUUAGUACUAGAUUUACAGUCAAUCAGUCAAAAUCACACCUCAGUAGCAGCAGUAGUAGUAGCAACAGAGAGUAUCACGAAAAUCAGAAAAAUGGAUAAUGUCGUGGAUAUAAAAUUUCCAGCCGGUUCAUUGGUACCAAAAAAUGAAACUGGAGCAUUGAACUUCGUCCACAAAUAUCCAAACUAUAAUGGAAAGGAUGUAACGAUUGCCAUUCUGGAUUCCGGAGUUGAUCCGCGAGCUAAAGGAUUAGAGAUAGUUCCGGGUGGUGAGGUAAAGGUGAUCGAACGCUAUGAUUGUUCCGGGUGUGGAGAUGUGGACACCGGUAAAGUAGUAACACCAGCACCGGAUGGUACAAUCGUUGGUCUCUCCGGACGAGUGCUUCGGUUGUCCGCGGCAAUGAAGUCGAAAAAUAUAGACAACGAAUACCGAAUCGGGCUGAAGAGUAUGCACGACUUGUACCCAUCCCGGAUUCGCGAAAAAAUAUUGGCAGAUGCUAAACUGAAAACCUGGGACGAACUGCACAAAAAAACUGUUGCCGAGGUGAGUCGAGAUUUGGCCACACUUGAGACGAAGAUUUCAGCGACGGCACCAUUAUCUUUGAAAGAUAAGUUAGUUAAGGAAAAUCUGGAUAGCACACUGGAGUUCCUAAACUCCUGUGAAAAAAAGUAUUCCGAUUUAAAGACGACCUACGACUGUGUGCUGUUUCUGUCCGACAAUGGAUGGGUGGCGGUAAUUGAUACGACCGAAUGUGGGGAUCUAGAUAAAGCGGUCCACAUAGGGGAGUAUAGUAGAACACACGAAAUGAUCAACUUGGAUGAUUUUCUGUCCAUAUCGAUUAAUGUGCAUAAUGAUGGAGAUGUGCUGGAAAUCGUCGGAAUGUGCUCAAGUCACGGCACUCACGUUGCAUCUAUCGCAUGUGGGUACCACCCGGAUCAUCCAGAGCUGGACGGUGUGGCUCCGGCAGCAAAGGUUGUUUCUCUAACCAUCGGAGAUGGACGGCUUGGAUCGAUGGAAACAGGAACCGCGCUGGUACGAGCCAUUAUCAAAGUGAUGGAAUUAUGCGAAACAGGGCGUAAGAUUGAUGUCAUAAAUAUGAGUUACGGUGAACAUGGCCAUUGGUCAAACUCCGGCAGAGUUGGUGAGCUAAUGAGUGAGCUGGUCAACAAGUACGGUGUUGUGUGGGUAGCAUCAGCUGGAAAUCAUGGUCCUGCUUUAUGUACGAUUGGAACCCCACCAGACAUAAGUCAACCAAGUUGUGUUGGCGUAGGGGCUUACGUUUCACCUGAAAUGAUGGAAGCUGAAUACGCUCUCCGACAAAAGUUGCCUGGAAAUGUGUACACGUGGACGUCACGAGAUCCAUGCAUCGAUGGUGGAUUUGGAGUUACAGUUUGUGCACCGGGAGCUGCCAUAGCUUCCGUACCGCAGUUCACGAUGUCUAAAGCGCAGUUAAUGAAUGGAACCAGUAUGGCAGCACCGCAUGUAGCCGGGUCGGUUGCUCUGUUGAUAUCUGGUUUGAAACAACGGAACAUCAACUACAGCGCAUUCAGUAUUAAACGUGCUCUUUGGAACACUGCAACAAAACUCGACUACGUUGAUAGGUUCGCUCAAGGCAAUGGGCUAUUGAAUGUGGAGAAGGCGUUUGAAAAUUUAACCACCUACUCGGGGCUCAUCGAGAACAAUCUCCGGUUUGCCGUGAGUGUGGGAACGAACGGUGCCAAAGGAAUCCAUUUGCGGCAAGGAUUUUUAGUUAAACCGGAGGAGUUCAGUGUCAGUAUUGAACCGGUAUUUUUCAACGAUAAAUAUGCUUCCUCUGUUGAUAAAAUCACUUUCAACGUUCGAUUGACGCUCCUGCCAAGCGAAUCAUGGAUUCAGUGCGGAUCUUUUCUGGAUCUUUGCUAUUCGGCGCGGACAAUAAGUGUGAAGGUGGAUCCUACUGGAUUGGCGGCUGGCGUGCACAGAGCGAGCAUCAAAGCGUUCGAUUCGGCAUGCGUUGACAAAGGUGUCCUGUUCGAGAUUCCUGUUACCGUAGUUCAACCCAUUGUUGUCGAUCCGAAAACACUGGAGUACAACCAUUCGGAAAUAGUCAGCUGUAAGCCGAACACGAUUUUAAGGAACUUCCUUCUGGUUCCAAAAUAUGCUACCUGGGCUGUGCUGGAAAUGAUUUCCACCGACACGAGUGACACCGUGGGUGGUAAGUUUCUCAUCCACACGAUGCAAAUUCUGCCGAUGAAGUACUGUAAGGCGUUGGAGACACAGAAAAUCCUGCCCGUCAACAGCGUGGCGACAACGAUUCAUCCUUUCAAAUGUGUGGGGGACAACAUACUGGAGGUUUGCAUUGCCAAAUAUUGGUCAAACUUUGGGACAGUUCCACUGAAGUAUUCAAUCAAGUUCCAUGGUAUCUCACCGCUCAAUGGAAAUGUAAUGCACAGCGCCAACGGUAUUCAUCGAAUUGAUUUGACCGCUCUGUCUGCGGAAGAAGUACUGCCAUCCGUUUCACUGAAAUCAUCGGUGAUGGUAUUAAAACCUUCGGAUUCCAAAAUCACUCCAUUAACUACCAGAGAUGUGAUACAUCCCGGUCGUCAAAUUUACCAAAACCUGUUGACCUACACCCUGCAUUUGAACAAGAGUCAAGAAGUAGCUUUCCACGCACCGCUGUUCAGCAGUGUGCUGUAUGAGAGUGAGUUUGAAUCUCAGUUCUGGAUGGUAUUCGAUUCGAACAAAAUGAUGGUGGGAUGUGGUGAUGCAUAUUCCAACGAUAGUUAUCUGAAGCUAGAGAAAGGAGACUACACGGUGCGGUUGCAGGUUAGACACGAGAAAAAGGAGCUAUUGGAAAAGGUUUCCGAGACGAAUAUGUUAGCUAAUAUCAAACUGGCCAACACAAUGUCGGUGGACAUUUACCGAUCCUACAAUCAAGCCAUUGUUAAUGGGAAAAAGAUAGCCUCAUGUACUUAUCCUGCCGGAUCCACAAGACCUAUCUAUCUAGCUCCGAUUUCCAACGAGAAAAUUCAGAAAGCUUCACUCCCCAACCAAUGUUCCUGGUUGGAGGGAACGAUAGUCUAUGCCAAGGAUGAACUGGGCAAGAAGUGUGAUACGCACAACUUCCAGUACAUUCUGAUCGAAGGUCCAUCGGUGAAAAAGAAUGGCACGGGUAGUCCCAAAGAGAACAAAAGCAAAUUCGAUGAAUAUACCGAAGGACUUCGCGAUUACCAGGUAGGCCAGAUAGCCAAAUUAGAUCCGGAAAAUGCCGAAAUGGUGUACAAAGCAGUAUUGAAGGAUAAUCCCAACUAUUUGGGUGCCCAUUUAGCACUCAUCGACAAUUUAGAUAGCAAUGAGCUGAAGUUCAGCUUGCCGUUAGCUUUCAGCGCUGGUUUGGAUAGGGAUGAAAGUGGAACCGCCGCCGUUGCGUUGCUUAAAGUGAAAUUGUUGAAAAUAAUUGAUUUGGCCAACCUCGUACUGAAGGACAUCGACCAAACCGCACUGCUGGCAUAUUAUGGACUGAAAACGGACAAUCGACCAAAUGCAGCCAAGAUCAAAACUCAAAUGGACAAACAGAAGCAGCAACUGUUGGAAGCCGCUCAGAAAAAACUAAUAGCGUUGUGCAAGCUACGCGUCAUCAAGGCGCUUAUUGACAGCAACGAAAUCGGAGAUGCCGAAGUUGACCAAUUGGAGGAAAUCGAACAGAUAUUCUGUGACGUUGGUAAAUUUAUCGAUUACAGCGAUUCCAAGGUUUUGCUGCUUUCCGUUUGGCAUUCAUUCACGUUGAAACAGCAGGGGCGUAUGUUGAAAUAUCUUGGAAAGUUGUACGAAGAAAAACUAGCUCGGGAGGUGCUCGAAGAGCAGAUUCGGGUAGUCAUCGAUAAAAAGUGGGUCCACAUUGAACAACUGUUGAACAAGGUCGUUGUUACCUCAAAUCCUCAACUGUAUCGACUGUUCUAAACAAAUCAAGUGCAGAAUCAGCUAUGCGACGAUUAUGGUAAAAAGCUUGCUGCAUCAAAUAAUCAUUAACAGUUUGUUAUCUAGAGUUGCCCACUGUGAGAAGUGUUGGUAUACGACACUAACCAAAAAUGAGUGAUUAAAUAUCGAGAAAUAGAUAUUGCAGAUUUCACUGCGUUUAUCUGAAACAUAAUGAGACUUGAAUGCAGUUUUAUUUUGAAAUUAGACGCAUUACUAGCGAAGCUUUCCUAUGUUCUAAAAUUGAUGAGUAGCAUUUUUUUAUUAUUCACAUUCAGAUAUUGUAUAUUAUCAUUGCCAUAGCGAUGUUCAAAAGCAUAUAAUGAAGAAGCACUAGGUAAAAUAGGUUUUAUUAAGCUGCUAUAAACAAAACUGACUAUUACCAUCCAUACGGAAAGCAUUCGAAAACCAUCGUUUUUGCGGCGAAUUUAUCGUUACAAGAAAUAACUAAAUAUUGUAGAUAAAUCUUACUAGGACGAAUAGUAAAUAUAAUAAAACUAAU